AUGGUGGCCGGCCUGCUCCUGCCGGGGACGGAGCCUUCGGAAGGGAGAAGGGCCAGCCCUCGCCGGAGGCUGGGCGCACAACCGGACUCGGGAUCGGCUCUCCGGCUCGAGAUCGGCAGGCCGGGCCGAAGUGCGGCUGCGGGGCUCCGGUCCUCCCCGGCGCGGGGCGCGGGGCUCGGGUCCUCCCCGGCGCGGCUCGCGGGCUGCCCUGCGCGGCCCAGCCCCCACGGCUCGGUCUCCGGUCCGGCGCCUGGCGCUGCCUCCUCCGCCUCCGCCUCCCCGGCCUCCCUUUUCCCUGCUCUGCGUCUGGCGCUCGGGCGGCGCAUCCGGGUAUUUAGCGGCGGCGGGCGGACCGCGGUGAGGACUGGGCUGCUGGCUGCCUGCUCCCGGCCCGGAAUGGCGCCGCGCCGCCGCCAUCUGUGUUUCUUCCGCCGAGCAAACCCGACCUUUGCCGGCGGCCCGGGGCCUCCCGCCGCCCGCUGUCUCUCGGGGUCCCUGCCCGGCUCCCUAGGCUUCCCCGCUGGGGAACCCAGCGCCCCGGCCGCCGUCCCUCGCGCCCGCCACGAGCCCCAAACUGCGUCGAGGAGCACUGGGGCGCCGGCACAUUUCCCCUUUGCGGGGGGCUGGCGCUGCGGGGCCCGGGAGCCCCGGGGCUUGAGACCCCUCGUUGGAAAGCUCCCCCCUGGGACUACCAGGGCUCCCACUCCCGGCCGGCUGCGGGGUCCCCCAACCUGGCGGAGCGGCUCAGAAGCGGCCCCAACUAACACACGCGGCCCCGAGCCGGGCGACUCCCAGCCGGGCCGCGUCGGGACAAGGGGGGAGGGGUCGUCUCCCCGGGGUCCGAUCACCUCUUGGGGGUCACCCGGCCGCAGGCCCCCCAGCACCCCUAACCCCUUCCUGCCCCCGGGGCCCUCAGGGAAACUUUCCCUGGAAGAGUUGGAAGGGCACUUUCAAACUUGGUCCCUUCCCCCUCUUGAGGCGCCUCUCCCCUCGACGCUCUGCACGGAGCCCCCAGAUCCCUGCAUGGAGAUUCCUGCCUGA